AAGAAAUGAGCUGACAGGAAUCUCAUGAAUCUUUGAAUCUCAUGUUCAAAAACGUUCCGCAAGCAAAUCUGCAGGAAGAGUGUCUGCAUUCCAGCAUCAUUCUUCUGCCCAUAGCUUCAUAUUUUUUAUAACCAUGGAAUCAAGGUUAUAGUUUCAAGCGAGAAGGAUUUUGAGAGAGGGAUUUUUAAGAAAACUAUUAUUGCAGAACCUGAGGGGGAAAAAACCAAAACGACGUGAAAAUCUGAGAAAUGAACAAAUUACGGCAAAGCUUUAGGAGAAAGAAAGAUGUCUAUGUCCCAGAGGCCAGCAGGCCCCAUCAGUGGCAGACUGAUGAAGAAGGCGUUCGUACUGGCAAGUGUAGUUUUCCUGUCAAGUACUUGGGACAUGUCGAAGUGGAUGAAUCCAGAGGAAUGCAUAUCUGUGAAGAUGCUGUGAAGAGACUGAAAUCUGAAAGGAAGUUCUUCAAAGGCUUCUUUGGAAAAUCUGGGAAGAAGGCCGUCAAAGCAGUCCUGUGGGUUUCGGCAGAUGGACUCAGAGUUGUAGACGAGAAAACAAAGGAUCUUAUAGUUGAUCAGACAAUAGAGAAAGUUUCUUUCUGCGCACCAGACAGGAACUUUGACCGGGCGUUCUCAUACAUCUGUCGAGAUGGCACAACGAGACGCUGGAUAUGCCACUGCUUUAUGGCUGUGAAGGACACGGGGGAAAGGUUGAGUCAUGCCGUGGGCUGUGCGUUUGCAGCAUGCCUGGAGCGAAAGCAGAAGCGAGAGAAGGAGUGUGGAGUGACUGCCACCUUUGAUGCCAGCAGAACCACAUUCACUAGAGAGGGGUCAUUCAGGGUCACUACAGCUACUGAACAAGCAGAGAGAGAGGAAAUUAUGAGACAGAUGCCGGAUGCUAAAGCAGUUGAAACAGAAGUGAAAACAGUAGCACCAGGUGCUGCACCAAACAAUACUGCCCCCUCUUCUGGCUCACCAACCUCUCCUACUGCUGAAGUUGCUGCCUCUCUGGAUAAAGAAAUGAGCAAUCCCCACGCUAUCCCACGGAGACAUGCCCCUAUAGAGCAGCUUGCCAGGCAAGGGUCUUUCAGGGGCUUCCCUGCCCUUAGCCAAAAGAUGUCUCCUUUUAAACGCCAGUUGUCUUUGCGAAUAAAUGAGCUGCCUUCAACAGUGCAAAGGAAGACCGAUUUCCCCAUGAAAAACUCAGUCCCUGAGGUAGAAGGGGAAACAGACAGCAUUAGUGCCCUGUGCUCUCAGAUCACCAGUGCUUUCAGCACACCCUCAGAAGACCCUUUCUCUUCGGCCCCCAUGACAAAACCAGUGACAGUAGUCGCACCACAGUCUCCUGCCUUUCAAGUUAAUGGCACUGCCUCUGCCUUCUGUGUGCUUGCUGCUAAACCAUCCCAAGCUGCUGUAGUGUCCACAGCUAUGCCAGUUCGUGAAACCAAUCCUUGGGCUCAUGCUCCUGCUGCUAAUACUGGAGCUGCAGCCGUGGUCACUGGCACUGAAUGGAGCAGCACCUCCUCAGGUGCAGCCUCACCAAGUCUCUUCCAAGGAAAUCACAGACGUACUCCCUCAGAGGCAGACCGCUGGUUGGAAGAGGUCUCAAAGACUGUGAGAGCCCAACAGCAGCCAACCUCAGCCCCAGCCCCACAGCCACUGCUCCAGCCUCCUCCAGCAGCUCCAGCUUCCCAGUCAGCACCAGCCUUCCCAGUCAGCACCUUCAUCGCACCUCAGCCUGUGCCGGUGGGUGUGGUACCGCCCAUGCAGCCAGCAUUUAUUCCAGCUCAGCCCUAUGCUGUAGCAAAUGGGAUGACCUAUACAGCCCCAAGCGUCCCUGUGGUUGGAAUCACACCUUCCCAGAUGGUAGCAAACGUCUUUGGUACUGCAAGCCACACUCCAGCAGCCCACCCGCAUCAGUCCCCCAGUCUCGUCAAACAGCAGCCGCUCCCGCAGUACGAGAGCAGCAGCGCCACAGCCAGUCCUUUCUUCAACCCCCCCGCGCAGCACAACGGCUCCGCAGCUUUCAACGGAGUCGACGGUGGGAAAUGGGCUGCCGAGGACAAGCAUUCCCAGCCCCCCGUGGCUGCUCCACAGGUAGACGCGUUUGAAGCACAGUGGGCAGCACUAGAGAGCAAGGCAAAACAGCGCACUAAUCCCUCCCCAACUAACCCCUUCUCGAGCGAUUUACAGAAGACAUUUGAGAUUGAACUUUAAGCAGUCCUAUGGGGGAGAUGGAUAAAUUGUACAUUAGGAUAGAGGGAUAAAGGGAGCAAAGGGGACUGUUUCUGAUCAGUUUGCUUUGAUAAUCCCAAAGGUCCCUUAAAACAAAUAUGGGUUAGAAAGAGGGAGCAUUAUGGGGAGGACAUAAACAUACGGAGAAUUUAAUGUGCAGUUCUUAAAAAGAAUCCUGGAGUCACCCCAGUCUGCAUUCCCUCCUCACUUGGAAAGCUGGAAGUUGAAUGGAGGAGAUAAAGGCACCCAGUCCCAAAGCCUGUUCUGCAGAAACAUCAAUCAUCUCACACAGAAAGGAAGGCAGAUUUUUGUACCUGUGUCCUUCUGAUGCCCUGCAAGUCCUGGAUGUUCCCCCUCAGGGAAAAAUGGGGUAGGGUGGGGGGGUGGAUAUGGAUGGGAUGUUGUCACCUUAGCAAAAGCUAGGUUUGUGGAAAAAGUUGAGCUUCCAUUUUGAGUAACAAAGUGAAUAUUAUAUGUAAAGAAUAAAGUAAAGCCAAAAUCUUUAUUUUUAUGCAUUUAGAAUAUUUUAAAUAGUUGGAUAUUAAAAGCUGUAUGAGUUGUAAGUAAUCUUGCCAAAGGUUAAAAAAAUGGGGGUUGGAUGUAAGAAAUUGUACAUAAAAGAUUGAUUUAUCUCUGAUUCUUAUUGUAAGUAAUAUUGGGGGGGUGGAAAAAGGGGCUCUAGCUUGUUCUUGUAUCUGUUCAUUGUAAGUAGCAUAUUGCAACAACAAUCACAACCAAUAAGUCAUUAUAUCGUAGUUUUAAACAAAGAAAAUUAAAGAACAGUAUUGUCAUGGUUCGAAAACCAUGGGGAAAACUUACUGUUUUUUAUUGGAAUCAGUCUACAUAUUCUAUAUAGUAUGGUUUUUUCCUUUCAUAUAUUGCUGCAGUUUCUUUGUCUUAAUCUCUUGGUUCUAACACUACUGUGACAACUUACUGUAAUCAUAUCUAUAUCCUGGGACUGCCUGGGAAACCAUUUUAUGUUUGUCUGUCAAUAGUUCUUAGCAGUUUUUAACUUUGGUUUUGUUUUUUCCCACUGAUUUGUGAAACCUUGUGGUUAAGGCUGCAGCUGGUCCAGGUUCUGCCUCUGGUGACUUGUGAAAACCAUCUCAUUUUAACUUUACUUUUAAACUUUGGCCUUACAAGCAAAUGUAAGUUAUAUAUAUUUGUACUGAUGAUUUAUAAUCUGCUUUAACAGAAAUAAAUGUUGGUGGUAGAA